UCCCGGGGCGUUGCCCCGCGUGCGCUGGAGUCACCGAGGCCAGCCUUGGCACCGGAAGUGACCCUGGCGGGUCUGCCUUCAAAGUCUACUUGAAGCAGCAUCUGGGGCUCGUGACGGUUGGACCAGACAGUGCUAGGUCCGUGAGCAGACAGCAGGGUGGCUGGGGCAGAACAGGGAAGGGCCCUCCUUCCUCGCUGCCCGGAACCCCGCUCGGCUCUUCCCCUACGCCCGGCAGUGGGCGGUUUCCCGAGAGCCUCUGCGCCGCAGCUUGUAAUUGAGCAUGAGUCUUCUUAUGAUUAGUGAGAAUGUAAAGUUGGCCCGUGAAUAUGCAUUGCUGGGAAAUUACGACUCUGCAAUGGUCUAUUAUCAGGGAGUUCUUGACCAAAUGAACAAGUAUCUGUACUCAGUCAAAGAUGCAUACCUCCAGCAGAAAUGGCAACAGGUUUGGCAGGAAAUAAAUGUGGAAGCGAAACAUGUUAAGGAUAUCAUGAAAACACUAGAGAGCUUUAAACUAGACAGCACUCCAUUAAAAGCCGCACAACACGAGCUUCCAGCGUCUGAGGGAGAAGUCUGGUCCUUGCCUGUACCUGCCGAACGAAGACCAUCACCAGGACCUAGAAAACGCCAGUCUUCUCAGUACAGCGACCCUAAACCACAGGGUAACCGUCCAAGUACAGCUGUCAGAAUUCACCGUCCAUCCACACACAAUCUUCACAAUGACAGAGGGAAAGCUGUUCGUAGUCGGGAAAAGAAAGAACAGAAUAAAGGAAGAGAAGAAAAGAACAAAUCACCUGCUGCAGCUACAGAACCAGAGACAAAUAAAUUUGAUAGUACUGGGUAUGAUAAGGACUUAGUAGAAGCUUUGGAAAGGGAUAUAAUUUCUCAGAAUCCCAAUGUUCGAUGGGAUGAUAUUGCUGAUUUAGUAGAAGCUAAAAAGUUGCUUAAGGAAGCUGUGGUGUUACCAAUGUGGAUGCCAGAAUUCUUUAAAGGCAUUAGGAGACCAUGGAAAGGAGUGUUAAUGGUGGGCCCACCUGGCACAGGAAAGACCCUCCUUGCUAAGGCAGUAGCAACGGAAUGUAAGACAACAUUCUUCAAUGUCUCUUCAUCAACUCUGACUUCCAAAUACAGAGGAGAGUCUGAGAAGCUUGUUCGUCUUCUGUUCGAAAUGGCUCGAUUUUACUCUCCAGCUACUAUAUUUAUUGAUGAGAUAGACUCCAUUUGCAGCCGCAGAGGGACUUCUGAAGAGCAUGAGGCAAGCAGAAGGGUGAAGGCCGAGCUGCUGGUUCAGAUGGAUGGUGUUGGAGGUGCUUCUGAAAAUGAUGACCCUUCCAAAAUGGUUAUGGUUCUGGCAGCUACUAAUUUUCCCUGGGAUAUUGAUGAGGCUUUAAGACGACGUCUUGAGAAAAGAAUCUAUAUUCCAUUACCAUCAGCAAAAGGCAGGGAGGAGCUAUUACGAAUAAGUCUCCGUGAGCUGGAAUUGGCUGAUGAUGUUGACCUUGCGAGUAUAGCAGAAAACAUGGAGGGCUAUUCAGGUGCGGACAUUACCAACGUGUGCAGGGAUGCAUCCUUGAUGGCGAUGAGAAGGCGUAUUGAAGGUUUGACCCCAGAAGAAAUCAGAAAUCUUUCAAGAGAAGAAAUGCAUAUGCCUACAACUAUGGAGGAUUUUGAAAUGGCUUUAAAAAAGGUUUCAAAGUCAGUCUCUGCUGCAGACAUUGAAAGAUAUGAGAAAUGGAUAUUUGAGUUUGGAUCAUGCUAAAUUCUCACAUGUAAACUGUGAGCAACCUUGCAUUAAGUGUUUGAAUAAUUAAAUGUAGUAUUUCAUUGCACCAAGCGAUAUAUUUUUUUAAACUUUCGUUAUGGUAAGAGUGAAAAAAAAAAGUAUGAUUCUGA